AUGUCACAGAGGAGUGGGCAAGAGGACCCAGAGCGUUACCUCUUUGUGGAUCGCGCCGUGGUCUACAACCCAGCCUCGCAGGCGGAUUGGACCGCUAAGAGGCUGGUAUGGGUCCCGUCGGAGCGCCACGGCUUUGAGGCGGCCAGCAUUCGUGAAGAACGCGGUGAAGAGGUGUUCGUGGAGCUGGCGGAGAAUGGGAAGAAGGCCUCAGUCAACAAAGAUGACAUCCAAAAGAUGAACCCGCCAAAGUUCAGCAAGGUGGAGGACAUGGCCGAGCUCACUUGCCUCAAUGAAGCUUCCGUACUACACAACCUCAAGGACCGUUACUACUCAGGUCUCAUUUAUACAUAUUCUGGCCUCUUCUGCGUAGUCAUAAAUCCCUACAAAAACCUCCCCAUCUACUCAGAGAACAUAGUGGAAAUGUACAGAGGCAAGAAAAGGCAUGAGAUGCCCCCUCACAUCUAUGCCAUCUCAGAAUCUGCUUACAGAUGCAUGUUACAAGAUCGAGAGGACCAGUCCAUUCUUUGCACCGGAGAGUCAGGAGCUGGCAAGACUGAGAACACAAAGAAGGUCAUCCAGUACCUAGCACAUGUUGCCUCCUCCCACAAAGGAAGGAAAGAUCACAACAUUCCUCCAGAAUCUCCUAAACCAAUGAAGCUGCAGACACAAAAUGCAGUUAGUGGAGGCCUCUUUUAUGGUGAACUGGAACGUCAGCUUUUACAAGCCAACCCCAUCCUCGAAUCAUUUGGGAACGCAAAGACUGUGAAAAACGACAACUCGUCACGUUUUGGAAAAUUCAUUCGCAUCAACUUUGAUGUCACUGGCUAUAUUGUUGGGGCCAACAUUGAAACAUAUUUAUUGGAGAAAUCCAGAGCCAUCCGCCAAGCCAAAGAUGAGCGCACCUUCCACAUUUUUUACCAGCUGUUGGCCGGAGCCGGAGAACACCUCAAAUCUGACCUGCUUUUGGAGGGAUUUAACAACUACCGUUUCCUGUCCAAUGGCAACAUCCCAAUCCCAGGACAGCAGGAUAAAGACAACUUCCAUGAGACCAUGGAGGCCAUGCACAUUAUGAGCUUCUCCCAUGAGGAGAUACUGGCCAUGUUGAAAGUGGUGUCGUCGGUGCUACAGUUUGGAAACAUUAUCUUUAAAAAGGAAAGGAACACUGACCAGGCUUCCAUGCCUGAUAAUACAGCUGCUCAGAAGCUGUGUCAUCUGUUGGGCAUGAGUGUCAUGGAGUUCACCAGGGCCAUCCUCUCACCAAGGAUCAAAGUGGGAAGAGACUAUGUCCAGAAAGCUCAAACCAAAGAGCAGGCCGACUUUGCUGUGGAGGCCUUGGCUAAAGCAACCUACGAGCGUCUCUUCCGUUGGCUGGUACAUCGCAUAAACAGAGCUCUGGAUAGGACCAAAAGACAGGGCGCCUCCUUCAUUGGCAUUCUGGACAUUGCUGGCUUUGAGAUCUUCCAGCUGAACUCUUUCGAGCAACUGUGCAUCAACUAUACCAAUGAGAAGCUGCAGCAGCUCUUCAACCACACCAUGUUCAUCCUUGAGCAGGAAGAAUAUCAGAGGGAAGGAAUCGAAUGGAGUUUCAUUGACUUUGGCCUCGACCUUCAGCCCUGCAUCGAUCUCAUUGAGAGGCCUGCAAACCCUCCAGGGGUAUUAGCUCUAUUGGAUGAGGAGUGUUGGUUCCCCAAGGCCACAGACAAGACCUUUGUGGACAAGCUAAUCCAGGAACAGGGUACACAUACCAAGUUCCAGAAACCACGCCAACUCAAAGACAAAGCUGACUUCUGCAUCAUCCACUAUGCUGGAAGGGUGGACUAUAAGGCAGAUGAGUGGUUGAUGAAGAACAUGGACCCCCUCAAUGACAACGUGGCUACGCUACUGCAUCAGUCCGCUGACAAAUUUGUGGCAGAGCUGUGGAAAGACGUGGAUCGUAUAGUGGGCUUGGACCAGGUGGCAGGCAUGAACGAGACCGCAUUUGGUGCCACCUAUAAAACGAAAAAGGGCAUGUUUAGGACUGUGGGUCAACUCUACAAGGAGUCACUCACCAAGCUCAUGGCCACACUGAGGAACACCAACCCUAACUUUGUCCGCUGUAUCAUCCCCAACCACGAAAAACGGGCAGGUAAGCUAGAGCCUCAUCUGGUUCUGGACCAGCUGAGAUGCAAUGGAGUUUUGGAGGGGAUCCGUAUCUGCAGACAGGGCUUCCCUAAUCGCAUUGUCUUCCAGGAGUUCAGACAGAGAUAUGAAAUCCUCACUCCCAAUGCUAUCCCCAAGGGGUUCAUGGAUGGGAAACAAGCUUGUGAGAGAAUGAUUCAAGCCCUUGAGCUGGAUCCCAAUCUGUUUCGCAUUGGCCAAAGUAAGAUCUUCUUCAGAACUGGUGUCCUGGCUCACUUGGAGGAGGAGCGUGAUCUGAAGAUCACUGACAUCAUCAUUUACUUCCAAUCUGUGUGCCGUGGAUACUUGGCACGCAAGGCCUUUGCCAAGAAACAGCAACAGCUAAGUGCCCUAAAGGUUCUCCAGAGGAACUGUGCUGCUUAUCUAAAACUGCGACACUGGCAGUGGUGGAGACUCUUUACCAAGGUGAAGCCUCUUCUGCAGGUUACUAGACAGGAGGAGGAGAUGCAAGCCAAAGAUGAGGAGCUGCUCAAGGUGAAGGAGAGGCAGCUGAUGGUGGAGAAUGAUCUUGUAGAGAUGGAGAGGAAACACCAACAGCUUUUGGAGGAGAAGACAAUUCUUGCAGAGCAGCUUCAGGCAGAAACAGAGCUGUUUGCUGAGGCUGAAGAGAUGAGAGCUCGUCUGGCCUCCAGGAAGCAAGAGCUCGAGGAGAUCCUUCACGACUUGGAGUCUCGGGUGGAGGAAGAGGAGGAGAGGAAUCAGAGUCUACAGAAUGAGAAGAAGAAGAUGCAGUCACAUAUUCAGGACCUAGAGGAGCAGCUUGAUGAGGAAGAGGCCGCACGACAGAAGCUUCAACUUGAUAAAGUGACUGCUGAGGCAAAGAUCAAGAAAUUAGAAGAAGACAUUGUGUUGCUUGAGGACCAAAACACCAAGUUCCACAAGGAGAAGAAGCUUCUGGAAGACCGAAUCAAUGAAGCGACUACCAUGCUGACGGAGGAGGAGGAAAAGGCAAAGAACCUUGGAAAACUUAAGAAUAAGCAGGAGAUGAUGAUGGUCGAUCUGGAGGAGCGUCUGAAGACGGAAGAGAAAACACGUCAGGAGCUUGAAAAGGUCAAGCGUAAGCUGGAUGCUGAGACGACAGAUCUGCAGGACCAGAUUGCUGAGCUCCAGGCACAAAUUGAAGAAUUGAAGAUGCAAUUGGCCAAGAAGGAGGAGGAGCUGCAGGCUUCUUUGGCUAGGAAUGAUGAAGAGACAGCGCAGAAGAACAAUGCUCUCAAGCAGAUCCGAGAGCUGCAAGCCCAACUGGCUGAGCUGCAAGAGGACCUGGAGUCCGAGAAGAUGUGUCGAAGUAAAGCUGAAAAACUAAAGCGGGACCUCAGCGAGGAGCUGGAGGCUCUGAAGACUGAGCUGGAGGACACACUAGACACCACCGCUGCGCAACAGGAACUCAGGACCAAACGAGAGCAAGAAGUAGCUGAGCUGAAAAAAGCGAUUGAUGAGGAGAGCAAAAACCAUGAGGCCCAAAUCCAGGAAAUGAGGCAGCGGCACGCCAUCGCGCUGGAGGAACUGUCUGAACAACUGGAUCAGGCAAAGAGAUUCAAGUCUAAUUUGGAGAAGAACAAGCAGUGUCUGGAAAACGACAACAAAGAGUUGGUCUGUGAGGUGAAGCUUCUGCAGCAGACCAAGACAGAAUCCGAACAUAAAAGGAAGAAGCUGGAGUCUUUAAUGCAGGAGUUCACGGCUAGAACCACUGAGAUGGAGCGGGCAAAGGGGGAGAUGGCCGACCGUUCCCACAAACUCCAGAUGGAGCUGGACAAUGUGUCGGCCCUGCUGGAGGACGCGGAGAAGAAGGGAAUUAAACUGGCCAAGGAUGCUGACAACCUAGGAAGCCAGCUGCAGGAUGCCCAAGAGUUACUGCAGGAGGAGACUCGCCAAAAGCUUAACCUGGGUAGUAGAGUGCGUCAGCUGGAGGAGGAGAAGAACACCUUGCUGGAACAGCAGGAGGAAGAGGAGGAGGCUCGCCGCAAUUUGGAAAAACAGCUGCAGACGGCCCAGGCUCAGCUGAUGGAGACCAAGAAAAAGCUGGAAGAGGACGUGGGAGUCAUGGAGGGCUUGGAGGAGCUGAAAAGAAAACUCCAGAAAGAUGUGGAGCUGAGCAACCAGCGUCUGGAGGAGAAGGCCAUGGGCAUGGACAAGAUGGAGAAAACCAAAAACCGACUGCAGCAGGAGCUGGAUGACCUAAUGGUUGACCUGGACCACCAGAGGCAGAUUGUCUCCAACCUGGAGAAGAAGCAGAAGAAGUUUGACCAGAUGUUGGCUGAGGAAAAGACCGUGUCUGCUCGAUACGCCGAAGAACGUGACCGUGCGGAGGCUGAGGCCAGGGAGAAAGAAACCAAGGCCUUGUCCAUGGCCAGGGCUCUAGAGGAGGCUCUGGAGGCCAAGGAGGAGCUGGAGAGGUUCAACAAACAACUCCGUGCAGAAAUGGAGGACCUAAUGAGCUCCAAAGACGAUGUAGGGAAAAAUGUCCACGAGCUGGAGAAGUCCAAGCGUACGCUGGAGCAACAGGUGGAGGAGAUGCGAACUCAGCUGGAGGAGCUGGAGGAUGAGCUGCAGGCAACCGAGGACGCCAAAUUACGUCUGGAGGUUAACAUGCAGGCCAUGAAGGCCCAGUUUGAUAGAGAUUUGCAGGCGAGGGACGAGCAGGGCGACGAGAAGAAGAGGGCGCUUGUCAAACAGGUGCGUGAAAUGGAGGCAGAGUUAGAGGACGAGAGGAAACAGAGGACGCUCGCUGUGGCCUCCAAGAAGAAGCUGGAGAUGGAUCUCAACGAGCUGGAAGGACAGAUAGAAGCAGCCAACAAAGGCAGAGACGAGGCAAUGAAACAACUAAAAAAAUUACAGGCACAGAUGAAGGACUACCAGAGGGAGCUGGAGGAGGCGCGGGCCUCCAGGGAUGAGAUCUUCACGCAGUCCAAAGAAAACGAGAAAAAACUCAAGAGUCUUGAAGCUGAAAUCUUGCAACUACAAGAGGACCACGCGGCGUCUGAACGAGCCCGCCGGCAUGCCGAACAGGAGCGAGAUGAGCUGGCUGACGAAAUCUCCAACAGCACUUCCGGAAAAUCCAUGUUGCUAGAAGAAAAAAGGCGACUGGAGGCUCAAAUUGCCCAGCUUGAAGAAGAGUUAGAGGAGGAGCAGGGAAACACUGAGCUGCUUAACGAGCGCUUCAGAAAGAGUACGAUUCAGGCAGAGACUUUAAACACAGAGCUGGCUGCAGAGCGCGCUGCCUCCCAAAAGAGUGAGAACGCUCGGCAACAGAUGGAGCGCCAGAACAAGGAGCUGAAGGCCAAGCUGGCAGAGCUGGAAGGCUCGGUCAAAUCCAAGUUUAAGGCUUCGAUCAUGGCGUUGGAAGCUAAAACUCUGCAGCUGGAGGAACAGCUCGAACAGGAAGCAAAAGAGCGAGCAGCAGCCAAUAAAUUAGUCCGGCGCACGGAGAAGAAGCUUAAGGAGGUAAUGAUGCAGGUGGAAGACGAGCGACGUCAUGCCGACCAGUACAAAGAACAGGUGGACAAAGGCAACUCGCGUAUGAAGCAACUGAAGCGUCAGCUGGAGGAAGCCGAGGAGGAAGCCACCAAAGCCAACGCGUCUCGCAGGAAGCUGCAAAGGGAGCUGGACGACGCCAGCGAAGCCAGCGAGGGACUCAGCCGAGAAAUCAGCAGCCUCAAGAGCAGACUCAGGCGAGGCGGUCCCGUGGGCUUUUCGUCGGGCCGCUCGGGUCACCACAACUUGAACGUGGACGGCGCCUCCGCGGACCGCUCGGACGACGACGCCGACAGCCGCACCAGCGACUUCAACGACAUCGGCAACCUGGAGUGA